AUGCCAUCUCGUCGACCUCCUAGUCCUAGUCCUUCCGACACCGUCGAGACUCGUAAAAUAUUACCAGCUCGUAGUUCUCGUGGAAGUCGUAUCAAUAAGCUCAUUGGUGAGGAGGCUGAAGCAGAUGCAUCGUUUUGGGGUCAAUCAGCUUGGCAGGAAGAUGGUGAAGACGAGGACUAUUCGACCGAAGCAGAGGAGGAUGAUAUUGUAGACUCUGAUUUCGACCAACAAGAAGCUCCAGAUGACGACGUCCACGAUGCAGAAGAAGAUGAUGAACCCGCGCGACGAAAGCACUCGGCGGCAAGUUUAGGGCGAUACAAAGAACCCAUGCAACCUCGGCCGGCUAAAAAGAAGGCUGCAAUAGCAGUUGGUGAGACUCCAGUACCUCUUGCUGCACGCCCGACGUCAGUUUAUAAGUAUGUGGCACCAACGGUGCGCUCGUCGACGGCUAGGAAGUCGUCGAUAUCUUCAGAGAUGAGACAUCGAGCAUUAAGUGAUGCAGCAAAGCCGACUGCAAAGUGCAAAAAGCCGUUGGUAGAAAAGUCGGGUAAUCGGUUGACACAAGCUCAAUUAUUGGCAGAAGCUGUGAGGACAGAGGUAGAAAACACGCAAUCGCUACAGAGACUGGAGCAGCUGGAAGAGGAGAAGAAGGUGGAGAGUGUAGCGCCUAAGGCACCAUGUUCAGGGAGGAUGGUGAGAUAUUAUAGCAGGCUUGGCGCACCCAAGACGAUUACAUUCUUGAACACGUUGGACUACCCUCCAAUCUUUAACCAACCCAAGCCUAAAAAAAGGAUUAGUUCGCAACAACAAAAGAUCGAUAGGAUGAAGUUUGAGGCAGAGGAGGAAAAAGAAAAGCAGGACAACGGAAUGGCGCAGGGCAACAAAUUGGAAGAGAAAGACGGUCAGCAGCAUGGGUUGGUACAAAACAGCACACCGACAGCUACGAAAGCGGCGGCUUGA